AUGCAGCCCACGCCCGAACCGGACCUCGGCGUCGCGCCCCGACCCGGCGCGGGCGCUUCCGCGGACUCGCGAUGGGCGAAGUCGUUCGCGAACGACGUCAAAGCGCUGCGAUCGGACGUGUCGUACAAGGACAGCGCGGCGUUCCUCAGGGCGCUGACGAGGAAGAGGGCGUUGUCAUUUUUCGACAUCCGAGACGACCCGGGGCGUUUCUUCCUCGCGCACCGGCUCCUCGCCGAGCACGCGCCGGAGCACGGCCCGGGUUUUUGGAUCCGAUUCACGGUGCAGUUCAACCUCUUCGCGGGGACGGUCGUCGCCCUCGGCGGCCCCGCGCAGCUCGAAGCCUUGGACGUCAUUCAGAGGAAAGGGCAGCUUGGGUGUUUUUGCCUCACCGAGGUUCUCGCCGGCGUGAACAGCGGCCUCGUGGUGAACACGACCGCGACGUGGGACGCGCGGUCGAAGUGUUUCAUCAUAAACUCCCCCACCGAGGGCGCGGUGAAGAACUGGAUAUCCCAAGGCUUGACCGCGCACAAGGCGGUCGUGAUCGCGGAUCUCACGGUGUCCGGAAAGCGCGUCGGCCCGCACGGUUUCUUGAUCGACAUGACGCACAAAGGCAUCGUCACCGGAGACAUGGGGAAGAAGACGACGGGGGUGGACCUCGACAACGCGUGGGUGAAGUUCGAUAACGUCAAGGUACCGAAACAGUCGUUAUUGAACCGUUACGGGGACGUCAUCGACGACGAGUACGUCCCCGCGGUGAAAGGCGUCCGGACGAUGGACAUGAUCGGACAAAGGCUCUUCACCGGCCGCGUCGCCGUCGCGCAGGCGGCGCUGAUAUUCGCCGCGAAACUGUUCGCGGAUACGAGACGAUACAGCGACGCGAAACCGUGCACGAUGCGAAACGGCGUCCGACCGGAGCUGAGCCAAGUCCCGCAGCUCGCGGCGCUGUACGACGAGGCGGACGCUCGGCUCUCAGCGACGCGAGACUUCGUGGACGCGUGCGAGGCGGAGCUGCGACGGAGUCUCGUGAAGAACGAGACGCCCGGGAGUGCGCUGACGCGCGCGAUCGCGGUCGCGAAGAUUCGCGCGGUGGAGACUUCGAUAGAGCUGUGCCACCGGCUGAAACAGGAGGUCGGGUCGUUCGCGCUCAUGGACGGCACCGGGUUUGAACACGCGGACUUUCUGCAGUGUUGCAAGUUCGCGGAGGGCGACAGCCGGAUCUUGUCGCAGAAGCUCGCGAGGGACGCGUUCGCGGAGUACGCGCGCGCGAAGAAGAAGAGCGCGAACGCGACGCCGAGCGGGUGGUCGAAGAGGGAGAUCGAACUGUGCGACCGCGUCGCGUUGUUCAUCGACUCGGGGGGCGGCAACAGAGCGGCGGCGUGGGACGCGGCGUGGAGGGAAGUCUACGCGCUCGCGGCGGCGGUGUGCGAUCGCGUGAUGGACGAGUGGUGGGGGGGCGGGGCGCCGGCGCGCGCGAAGCUGUGA